CUUGGAGCGUAUGCAGUCCUCGACCGCACGACACAAACAAAAAAAGACACACAUACUUAAUACAAAAAACCUGAAAAAGUAUAUAUGUAUUUAAAAAUAAUAAUACGACUUAACGUAAAACAGAAGGUAGACCAGCCGUGAAAAAAUUAAGUUUUCUUUUACUUUUCCUUUACAAGUUUUUUCUCAGUUGAACCUAUUUAGACAGAUGCACUGUUUUGAGAAGAAAAUAAUUUAAAAAAAAACUAAUUAGGACUUAUUCUACAAUAAUGAUCCUGGUUAUCUAAUAUUAUUUUGUUUCUUCUUUUCAAAAGUGAAGUGUGUAUUUAAAAGUUCCUAAAAGUGCAGUGCGGCAAGAAAACGAGGGAUGGCAAAGUUGAGUUCUGAUGAUAUUGUAGUGAUAUUGUGAAGUCGUACAGCAAGUUUGAAGUUUUGUUCUCAAAGUGUGAACAUAUGUCAUAACAAAAAAAAAUGACGUGAUUGGUGCACAAUAUUGGGGAACAGAAAGUACUCCUAUUUUCCCCGAAAAUAAGAAUAAAUAAAAGUGUUCCCCACAAGAGAACAGUCUCAUUUAUAAAGAAGAAUCGUGAUAGUUAUCUAAGCAUCAUUACCCUAAUUUGGAUGUAUUGAUCUUCAUGGUAUAUAAAACAUAAACCUCGCAUUUUACUCCUAAAAAUACAAAACUUGAAAAUAAAAAUAUUAGAAAUGUAAUCUACAUGUAUAUUAAGAAAUGAUAGUGACAUUCAUGUAAAAAAUUUCGGGUUAAGAAAAAUUUAAAUCCAAUGCUCAAUCAUUGGAUGCUAUAAUUGAGCAUAAUCACCAAAACAUAAACACAAAGAGCAAAUAUAGCUCGGCACAAAUGAUAUUGCUCAAAUAUUGAGAACAGUACUGACAGUUUUUCAUGGGUAAAACAAGUAGAAAAGUAUUUCAUCAAAGUUCCUCGUGAGUAUUUCACAGUGAUCCUAUUAAAAAGAUAAAAAGUGAAUUAAGUAAAAAUUUGCAAAUCAUUAUUUUUAUAUCAAGUAAAAGCAUUAAAUAAUAUGAAAAGUAGUAUAAUAUAGAAUAUAAGAAAAUUGCAACAGGUGACAGUAGACUGAAUUAUAAUAAUUGUGAAGUGUGCCAGGUUACUACAAUUGGAUCAACUGUUCUCAAAGCAACAACCUAUGUUCCUAAUUCAUCGACUGACGAGUCGCAAGAUAAUCGACUUGAUUAUACCUACAAUGGACUGCUAAUUCUACAAAGUUAAAACAUUUGAUGGUGAGAACUUUUGGUGGUAUGCCUCUUUCUCGAUUUCAAUAUUGAUGUGCGAGAAUCGUAUAAGACAAUGGUAGUCUAAGAAAUGUAAAUUAAAUUUAUAUGGCAAAAUCACCGCCGCCAAAUGCAAAACAAGAGGCUAUUGCGAUGCCACCACCAUCUUUGGAGUCACCUACUUCCGAUUCAGCACCCAGAAAAAGACGCCGAAAACGCGAUGAUCCACAGAGUUGCAGCGCUUCAGCCGAGCUGGAUUACGAUUCAGAUGAAGGAUCACCACGAUCUUGUUCAGAUGUGGAAAGCUUUCAAGGCAAAAUUGUCUACAACUCCGAUGGUAGCGCCUACAUCAUCGACUCAGAUAAUGAUUCCCUUUCACAUAUAUCAGAUUCCUGCGGUGCAGGUGUCGUCUCACCAAAUAAUCCAAAAAUCCAUUCAUUUAGAGUUGUAAUGGCAAGGGAAGCAUCUGUAAAUAUUAGUGAACUGAAUAGGAUAUCAAAGCCAGUGCUAAUGUGUUUCAUAUGUAAAUUAAGUUUCGGUAAUGCAAAAUCAUUUGGUAUACAUGCCAACAGUGAACACAACCUCAAUUUGCUUGAUAGUGAAAAAACAUUGCUUAGUCGUGAAUAUUCGAGUGCCAUACUCCAAAGAAAUAUUGAUGAGCGUCCACAGAUAUCAUUUCUGGAACCGCUUAUAAACCACCAGAUCGCUCAUAUGGGUACACAAGAAAAGGUUACGGAGUCACCAGUAAUUGCGGAAGCAGAUAAACCCACAACACCUGCACCUGUUACGCCUGAGCCUGACCCACCGGAUACACCAAAGCCGGGCGAAGCAACUUUGCCGCCACCAAAGUCACCACCCGCCCAGCAUCCUACACCUCCUAUCGAGGUUAAGAACUACAGCUCAAAUAUGUCUCCAACAUCUACAGUUGCUCCAAGUUUCACGAUCGGUGCUUGCCCCGAUCACAUAAACGGCCGCCCGCUCGGUGUGGACUGUAUAAGAUGUGAAAUGAUUCUCAGCUCAGCGCGUUUGGGAUCCAGUUCACAAAUUAGCACCCGCAACUCAUGUAAGACCCUAAAGUGCCCACAAUGUAACUGGCAUUACAAAUAUCAGGAGACUCUCGAAAUACACAUGCGUGAAAAACAUCCUGAUGGUGAAAGUGCGUGUGGUUAUUGUUUGGCUGGUCAGCAACAUCCACGUCUUGCUCGUGGAGAGUCAUACACAUGCGGUUAUAAGCCAUACCGCUGUGAGAUAUGCAACUAUAGUACCACGACAAAGGGUAAUCUUUCAAUCCAUAUGCAAAGUGAUAAGCAUCUGAAUAACAUGCAAGAGCUUAAUAGCACACAAUCUCUUGCCACAGCUACUGUAGUUCCAACCACAGUAGCUGAAGAAGCGCCCAAGAUGAUGAUUAGUCAGGUGGGCACAUCCAAACCAAAACCUAGCUUUCGAUGUGAUGUGUGUUCUUACGAAACUAGCGUAGCACGUAAUUUGCGCAUACACAUGACAAGCGAAAAACACACUCAUAAUAUGGCAGUACUGCAAAACAACAUAAAACAUUUGCAAGCACUCAGUAUAAUACAGCAUUCUCAAAACAUGGGACAAGCGACUAUGCCGAUGACACAGAACAUGCCGGGAUCAAUCCAAAAUUUUCUUCCUGAAGCUGCGCUCGCGGACAUUGCAUACAAUCAAGCGCUCAUGAUACAACUGCUACAGCAAGCGGGAGGUUCUGCACCAACCUCACAAGCCUCAGGUCGUGUUUCGCCAAAUCCCACACUAGGGCUCAACUGUAAUAUACCUGAGCAAGACGUAGGCAUGAAUCCUGAAACAUUUGAACCACCUUUCGAUAUUGAUGUCCGACCUAUGCAUCUAUUUACCUGUCUUGUGUGCACUACUUUUAGUACCAAUAGUUUAGAUGAUCUCAAUGGUCAUCUAUUGGCGGACAGAACACGUACGCCAGGUGCCGACGUAAUGCUUAUUCUUGGUAGUAACUAUAUCUGUCGUCUGUGCAACUACAAAACAAACCUCAAAGCUAACUUCCAAUUACACAGUAAAACAGAUAAACACUUACAGAAAGUAGCAUAUAUGAAUCACUUGCGUGAAGGUGGAACCACUAAUGAAUAUAAAUUGAAGUACAGCGGUACAAGCGUGGUGCAACUCAAGUGCAAUGCCUGUGAUUAUUACACUAACUCCAUUCAAAAAUUAAGCCUCCACUGCCAACACAUGCGUCAUGAUGCGCAGAAGCUCGUCUUCCAAUAUAUAUUGUCCCUAUUGGAAACUGAGGACAAUCCGACUGCAUUCCAUUGUCAGCUCUGCAACAUCGUCGUGCCACACACGCUCGCUUUAAUGCAACACGUGAAAAGCCUAAGACACAUGCAAAUUGAACAGAUUGUUUCCUUGCAGCGAAGAUCUGAUGGAUUUGAAGGACUCAGUCUAGCGGCGAUCUAUAAACUUGUAGACCCAGAUGAGGGCUCAGGGUGUAGUGCAGUCAAGAGCGAGGAGCAAAGCCCAACACAGUCGCCAAUACGCGCAAGUGAUAUGAACGUCCCCAAAACCGCAUCGCCAUUGCGUUGUUCGCUCUGUAGCUUUCAGUGUACUGGACAGACAACACUAGAACGCCAUAUCGCGUCAUGCUGUGGAGAAGAAGUAGUAUCCGAAGAAGCCACACCAUGCGAGGAAGAUGCAACAGAAGAAGUUGCCUGUCCGUUAUGUCAAGAAGCAUGUCCUGAUAAAGAAGUACUUGAAAAACAUGUAGUAGCGGCUCAUAGUGUAAGCACAGAUGGUCUGUCGCGAUUGCUACACCUUGUUGACACUUGGCCAACGAAACGACAAGAUGGUGCUUCAACUGAAAUUGAAUGCAGUGCAUGUGGGAAAAGCAUGAGGAACUUUCACGAGUUAUUGGCACAUUCAAACGAGAAGCAGCAUUUCCAUCAUACCAACGAUGCUUAUGUUUGCAUCCUCAAGAGUUGCCAGCAGGUCUUUCCCAACAUCCCGCCGCUCAUUCAACACUACAAGGACACACAUCUUAAUAUUGUCAUUAGUGAACGACAUGUGUACAAGUACAGAUGCAAGCUAUGUAGUCUUGCAUUCAAAACGCAAGACAAACUCAACAAACAUUCAGUUUAUCAUGCAAUGAGAGACGCUACCAAAUGCGGUAAUUGUGGACGUAGUUUCCGUACGGCUGUUGCAUUACAGAAACAUAUGGAUCAGGUGCACACCACAACAAAUCUUGGUGAGGAUUUCGUAUCGAGCAUAGCGAUCAAAUCUGAAUUGGACUCAGAGUCUGUGAAUGAUGAGGGUGUUCAAGAAUCACCUGAACCAGACGUUGAUGACUUAACCUGCCCAGAUGAUGGUACCGAACGGAAGCACCACUGCCACAAAUGUCGUGUAGCCUUUACGCAACAUAACUUUCUUUUACAACAUUAUCGUUCGCCCACACACCGACGGAACGAAUCUCGACUAACAGCUAGCGCAUAUCCAAUUGAGAAGUACCUGGAUCCCAACCGACCCUUUAAGUGUGACAUCUGUCGCGAAAGUUUCACGCAAAAAAAUAUUUUAUUGGUACACUAUAACAGCGUAUCACAUUUGCAUAAAAUGAAGAAGCACUCAGAAACAUCCACUCCAUCAUCGUCGCCUAGCAAUGAUCUAGAGCGUUUCAUAGAAGACUUAGAAGACUCCCCUGAAAUCGAAGAGGAAAUAAAAGGAGCUAUAAAAAGAAAACUUCCAGAAGAUGAUUACGAAAGCCCAAAAAAACGCUUUAAGUGUGAUAUCUGCAAAGUAGCUUACGCUCAAGGGAGUACUCUAGAUAUUCAUAUGCGCAGCGUUUUGCACCAGACACGAGCAUGUCGUCUGCAGGAGCAACAACAACUCAUACCAAAGGUGCAGCGGGAUAUCUCAACAGCGACGGUACUGGUAUCAGCCAGUGUGAGUCCCACGCCAUCCACCAUUAGUGGCACGGACUUGGUGAAUCCUAGUCUUGAGGACGAACAGCCCAAAAUUAACAACCAUGUGUACAAAACACUACUUGAAAACUUCGGCUUUGAUUUGGUAAAACAAUUCAACGAAAUCAACAAACAUAGUGGCGAAGGUGUACGUGAGGAAGAACGCUACUACUGCCGCCAUUGCAAGAAAACAUUUUCCAGCAUUUUCGUCCUUAAAUCUCAUUGUGAAGAAAUGCACAAUGAGACCAUUCCAGUGGAUUUUCUUGAGAAAUUUGCGGAGAAGUUUAAGACAUACUACUUUGAAUCGGGUUAUUUGGAGGCCGCUGAUGCUUUAGAUUUUAGCAAGAGGCCUGAAGGACUCAAGGGUUCUCCGAAUUCCACUUCUAAGAUUAUUUCAUCCACAAUUCCUGUUUCCUUUUCCAUAGCCUCCACAUCUACACUUAAAAUACCUCAAGUUACUACUAGUGAGACCGCUCCGACUAUUGACACGGACACUGGUUUUCUGUCGCAGAAGCUGUUAGAACAGCAAAAUUUAUCCUCUCUGCCACCCAAUGUGGCAGCCAAUUUAUCUCACAACCUAUCCCAGAGCUUCCAAACAAUCCAUAACUUUGGCAACAAUUUGCCCUUCAAUACUCUUGAUAUGAUCAACCUCAUGCAGAUUCACCAUCUCAUGUCGCUGAACUUCAUGAACAUGGCGCCACCUCUUAUAUAUGGUGCUAGUCAGAAUUCAGCAGCAACAGCCACAGUGUCAACAUCUGAUCUUCCGUCACCACAAACUCAGCAAUUAUUACAGCAGCAUCCAGUCGCUACGCAGAUAGCAGCAACAAAUCAGGUGCAGGGCAAUCAAAAACGAGCCAGAACACGAAUAACAGAUGAACAGUUGAAAAUUCUGCGUGCUCACUUUGACAUAAACAACUCACCAAGUGAGGAAAGCAUAAUGGAAAUGUCCAAAAAAGCUAACUUGCCGAUGAAGGUGGUAAAGCAUUGGUUUAGGAAUACAUUGUUUAAAGAACGUCAGCGCAACAAAGACUCACCUUACAAUUUUAACAAUCCACCGUCGACUACUCUGAAUUUGGAGGAGUACGAGAGAACAGGUCAGGCAAAAAUCAUCAAGUUGAUAAGUGAGGAAGCAACUUCUAAAGUGUAUUCCGCCAUUGAAGAGCAUAAAGACCUCCCAGAAACCGUAUCUCCGAAACUAGAUUUAGUGAAGCAGGAAAUGGAGAUAUCAGAAGAACGGAUAUCAAAACUUGAAGAAGCUGAUCAGAGUGUGAGUGGAUGUAAUAAUUUGUCCAACAAUGGAGAGCCUCUAUAUGGCAACUUUGAAGGCAAAUCAGAGAUUCCUGAAUCAGUAUCACGACCACAAACACCCAUGAGCGCAUUUGGAAACAUAGGGGAUUUAUUGACUCCACCUAUUGAUGGACAAAAUAUGGGGCCUCCUAAAAAAUAUCAAAUACCAACAAAGAUUUUUGACAAAGGAGUUGUUCCCACAUUUGACCCACCACAGACUAGUGUUGUACAGACACCUCAGAGUAGCUCCUCAUCCAGCGGCAAAAGGGCCAAUCGCACCCGUUUCACGGACUACCAGAUUAAGGUGUUACAAGAAUUCUUCGAGAACAACUCUUACCCAAAAGACAGCGACCUCGAGUACCUCAGCAAGCUUUUACUGUUGUCGCCACGUGUCAUUGUUGUGUGGUUCCAGAAUGCACGACAGAAACAACGAAAGAUAUAUGAGAACCAACCAAAUAACUCAUUCUUUGAAUCAGAAGAGAAAAAGUCUAACAUCAAUUACACGUGCAAAAAGUGCAAUUUGGUUUUCCAGCGUUAUUAUGAGUUGAUCCGCCAUCAAAAGAAUCACUGUUUUAAAGAAGAGAACAACAAGAAAUCGGCUAAAGCACAGAUAGCCGCAGCUCAGAUUGCGCACAGUUUGAGCAGUGAGGAUAGUAAUUCAAGCAUUGACGUGGGCCAUCAGGCGAUGGUAGCAGAAUCUCAGGGCGAGGGACAGUUGCCGAUGAUGGCAACGCAACAACUCCAGACAUUAAUCGGUACCGUAACCUCACUAUCACUACCCAUAUCAACGUCCCCUAACCCUGUCACUGUCUCAAGCAGCGCCAUUGUUCAUGAGCCGGAGCAAAGUACCCAGUUCUCUGGUCAUGAAACCACUGACGUCGACAAUCUAGGUCGAGCUGAGACAUAUCCAGCGCCGUUAGCACCCCCGCACUGUCCCAACGGGGGUGCCGACGAUGCUAUGCUGGAAUGUGACAAAUGCAGUGCCGUGUUCACUCGUCACGACCUCCAUCGUGAGCACCACAGAUUACACACUAGCGGAUCCACGACACCUGAUAAAGAAGACGAUAUGGACUGGUGUCGGUCUUUCGAGUCGCCUGAGCAUAGUGACUCACAGUCACCAGGCGACAUAGCAGAGGAAAGUGAUGGAGCUCAAGAUAAUCAAGCUCAGCCGCCUACCAACAAACGACUGCGCACUACAAUUUUGCCAGAACAACUCAACUACCUGUACGAGUGCUAUCAAAAUGAGUCCAAUCCUAGCCGAAAGAUGCUCGAGGAAAUCAGCAAGAAGGUCAACCUGAAGAAACGGGUUGUCCAGGUGUGGUACCAGAACUCGAGAGCACGUGAACGCAAAGGUCAGUUCAGACAGAAUUUGCAGCUUAUCAACAAAAAGUGCCCCUUCUGCAGUGCUAUCUUCAAAGUCAAGUCCGCCCUAGAGAGUCAUCUGCAGAUGAAGCAUGCCGACGAGAUGCCCAUGUCAGUCGAUCAGAUUCCAGAUGUUACACACUUUGACACUGCAUUCGAAACCCGUAAAAUGGCGCCUCUGGAUUUACGUAAUGCGCUUGACAAAAAAGUGAGACUGGAACCUAAGAAUGGUUUUAAGGGUUUUAAUGGCAUCAAAAACGAAGAAGUUGCGCCUAUUGAGAUUGCGGGAGAUCGCGUGCAUCUGGAUGUAGCGUCAAGUGUGCUCUUUGGUGCACAUAAGAAACGCCAUCGUUGCCAGAUGACAAAUAUCCAGAUAGCCAUUCUUAGCAAUCUUUUCGGCGCAUUCGAGCCAUCACCGGUGAUUAAAUGUGAAAAGGGCGAUCUAGGCCUCUCAAAAAAAAUGGUUCUCAGCGAGAAUCACUAUAUCGAUGAUUUGGUAUACCUUAUCUGAGCGUAGAUCGUAAAUUUAUGCAUUUCUCUUCAAACUAUGGGUAUUUAUCGAAUGAAAUAUUGUACCUGUAGGCUCAUUUCAGCUGUAUGUCGAAUUUUUUGACAAAAAUAAUUCAUUGUAUAUGACGAACAUGAAUUCUAUUAAAGAAAUACUAUGUAUAUAGAUAAACCAAAGUAUUAUUAUUGUUCCAGCGGAAAGACAGCACAUACAUUUAAGGCGAAAUGCAAACAGGUACUUACUAACUUUAAGAUAGUUCUAUGGAGAAUACGCAUAGGAAUACCAAAAGUUUGUAAUACUAAAUUGGUCUUUAAAUUUUUUACCUUCAAAAACGUAGAAAGAAUUUGGGAAUUAACGUCUCUAGUAGUAGUCAAAUACAUUAUUGUUCUGUUAAAUAAUUGUAGAACUUUACAAGUGAUUUCCAAUAAGCUUAAAGUAAUUGAACUCGUACAAACAACAACUCAAGCCACACGCUAAAACGCAGGGUUUUUCACAUUUAUUACAAAGGUCCAGGACGUUCUAAUAAGGAUAGAACCUUUCUCCCAAAAUGCUUAUUUCAAGCAAUUUUUGUCCGAUAGGAUCGCGGUGAAAGAUUUGCUCACCUUCACUCUACACUUAUCUAACGUUGCAUAGGAAUUUCCACUGUGUCCGGAUGACCAAACUCUACCUCUUCUCCUCAAGUCAUGUGCUGUUGCAUUAAUCUCUCGCACGUUUCGCUUACAUCAGCUUCAUUAUUUUAUGAAGUAUAUCUUGCAUAUCUCGUCUGUCAAAUCUUCAAGGCUUGUUGGGCAGGGAUCGGGGAGCCGCAUCCUUCCAAAUUUGCUUUUUAUUGAUGAGGUGAUUCUUUGGAAUUAAUUUUCUAGAGAUACCAUGCGGCGGGUAAUCCAAACCUAUUCGGUCUACUGACAACUUUUUAAAAUUAUUUUCAUCGAUACAAAUUACGUGCAGUUAUCUUUUUAACCAAUUUUUAGGGUCGUUCAAUUCAUAAUUUGCUAAAGGCAUACAACGUUAUGACUGAGAAUCGGUGUGCUCUUAUGCUGGAAAUUGUAGAUUAUACGCAUGCCAUCUAAUUCAAAUUUGUAAUCCGUGUCGGAUUGAAAUAAGAGGUGAUUUCGGAUUUAUGUUUAUUUGAUUGUGGCGCAAACCGGCUCGUUGUUGCGAUCUAUGUAUACUGAUCGUAAUUAUUUUCAAUUCUAAUUUUAACAUAUCAAUUGACACAAAUACAUCAUUAGAUAAUGAAUAAAUACUCUUGAAGAUACCAUAUAUAGUUUUCUUAGUACAUUUGAAAUGUAUUUUGAAGAAAUCUUUUGCUUUUAUCUUAGAGAAAGUAUAAAAAAUAUAUGUUGUCACUUAACUUACUCAGCAUGACUCACGUAUGGUAUUAUGUCGCAGUUUUUCACUUACUGAGCCUUGGAAAAGAAGUAAAAUUGCGUGAAGGGUUUUUUUUUUUAUUUACCCGAGCGAAGAGAGGUAAUAGAAUUAGUUCCAGGUUGCAAAUAAGAAUCAAUCCAUGGCAUAGAAUUAAAGUAAUGCACAAAACCGUUGGCGGCUGGAUGUACUCUGUUCAGUUAGACUUUCGCUGCAGCAUAACACCAAGUGGUAAGAAAGAAAAAGAUAGAGAGAAAAGAGUUUACAUUGAUCUUGAUCAUCAGAGAAUAUAAACUGGACUCCUUGUAGAAACACGAAUCUAGAGAGUUGAACCGAAAAGAUCAUACUUUUCAUAAAAACUUUUACCUACGAAUCGGAUAUACCAAUAAUAUAUGUAUUAAUAUUUGAAAUCAUUGAACAUGAAUUUCGUUCAAACGAGCUAGACAGUGAAUUCAUAACUUUUUUAUCGAUAAAAUUUAUAAACGAAAGAUUUUUCGUGAAUCGUUAUGACAGCUCGAUUGAAUUUCUAGGCAUCAUUUCCACGUUCACAAACUGUAUUUUUUUCAAGAUUUGGUCCCUUAAUUGGGUUUUCUUGCACAUCGAAAAAUUCGAAUUCAUUUAUAUUCUAACGAAAUUAUUUUGGGUUAUACAUGUCUUUAUUGGUAUGCAUGUGUUUUGCGUGAGUUUGCCAUCUCGUUAUCCGACUAUUUUGUCACACUGAAAUUUUUAGUUCACUGUGAUUUUAAAACAAACUUGGUGCUGCUUGAGCCAAAUGAAAGAUAUUUUAAGUGCCAAUGCAAAUCUCGUAGGACAAGACUGUGUGUGAUCCAAGUGU